AUGGCGCCAACGAUCGAUUAUUCUGCAAUUCCAGGAAAUUCACAUUUAGUAACCGUCAAUGAACAUAAAAAGAACGGUGAACAAAGAGCAGAAGUUAUUUUGAUUCCAGCCCCUUCCGAUGAUCCCGAUGACCCUCUAAACUGGACUCCAAUUCGUAAAUGGGUCUCGGUCGCUUGUGUUUUGAUUUACACACUCGCGACUUGUAUUCCUACUGCUGCUAUUUACUCAGUUCUGCCCAAUAUUGAAGCCAACACAAAUAUCACACUGGGUGAGCUUAAUAACGGUACCGGCUACAUGUUCUUGUUUCUAGGUAUCGGGUGUCUUUUCUUUCAACCGCUGGCAUUGCAAUAUGGUAAAAGGCCCGUUUACUUGUUCUCGACCCUUGCCACUGCUCUAAUAUGCGUGUGGCCACCUUACACAAAGUCUAACGGGGAAUGGAUUGCUUCAAAAAUACUGCAAGGGUUUGUGGCGUCCUCUGUGGAGUCGCUGCCAGAGAUUUCAAUGAGCGAUCUGUUUUUCGAGCAUGAAAGAUCAUUUGCACUUUCCCUGUAUGGCCUAACAUUGCUCUCCGCUUCAUACCUAGCCCCCUUUGUCGCAGGUUUCAUCUCUCAGGGCCAAGGAUGGGAGUGGGUUAUGUGGUGGUGUGCGAUAUUUGCAGCAGUCUGUUUUGUUGUGUUGUUUUUUCUCAUGGAGGAAACUAACUUCGAUCGUAAGCUGAAAGUUGAUAAGCACACUGGAGAGCUUUUGAAGCUGACAUCUCGCAAGGAACAGCUUGGCGCUGUCAGUACAACUAUUGAUGGUGCUUUGGGGCAAAGAGAUCAAAAUGAUGAGAAAACCGACUUCGAAUCUAAUGAACAGGGCUCUUCAUCACAGAGUAGUAAUCUACCAACAAAUGCAUUGGCGAAUGAAGUUAGUAAUAUUGAAGUCGUUAACUCUAGCACAUACGUGCCGGCGAAUUUAAGAACUAAAACAUUUUGGGAGAAACUGUCAUUAUUCAGUGGGAAGAAGGAUAAAUUUCUUUUGCACCACUAUGCUUUGGCGCCGUUUUUUAUGGCGCGCUUUCCGGUCGUGUUGUGGGCUGGUUUCUUGUACGGAAGCUCCUUGGUUUGGUUUAACGUUUUAAAUGCCACUGCUGCCCUUAUCUUGAGCGAAUCCCCUUACAACUUUUCUUCUAGUACAAUCGGUGUUGCCUAUCUUUCUCCUACCAUUUUCACUGUCAUCAUGUUUUUUAUAUCAGGUUUUUGUUCAGACUGGCUCAAGUUGAGGAUAGCGGUUUGGAGGGGAACUGGUUUGAGUAAACCUGAAGAUAGACUUUGGAUCUUAGUUUGUUACUGUGUCCUCGGAUGUGGUUCGUGUAUUCUGUGGGGUGUCGGAGCCUACUAUGAAAUUCACUGGUUUGGCCUUGUUUUUGGGAUGGGCCUGCUGGGUGGCUGUGGUAUCUUUGCCAUAGCUGCUGCUGCUUCCUAUAUUGUGGACACAUAUAAAGAGCUUGACACCGAAGCAAUGGUGGUCAUGAUACUGAUUCGCAACUGCAUGUCUUUCGGAGUAAGUUAUGGAAUUACAGACUGGGUAACAAACUUAGGAUACAAAAACUGUUUUAUCAGCGUCGCCUUCCUGUGCUUUGCAGCCAACCUUACAUUUCUUCCUAUGGUGAUUUUUGGUCCUUGGCUGCGUAAUCGCCAAAAACAUAUGUACUGGUCAAUGGUAGACAAGUACAGAAGGCUAGGCAUGCACUAA